UAUGAAGAAGACGACGCAGAAACAUGGCUACAGCUAAUGCUAACUAGCCGUUGGUGUUGAGAAAAAUGUUGCAUAUUUGAUUCUUCUUUGCUCCUUAUCCUCCAGACGAGGCUUAGCCGGGACACUAUUUCGACUGUGUAAAGACCCGGGCAGAAAAUACGCAUCGGUGUGUGUGUUUAGAGGUAUUUACUGAGAAGUUUGUCUAGAAGUGGUGUGUUUUGGUGUCUGCUCCUGUCAGCUGUCCGUCAGUUAAACGUCAGUAAUUGUGAGAAACCGCAGGCAUGGCAGCUCCUGUAAAUAUCCAGACUCCAAGUAAGACCUGGGAGCUGAGCCUGUAUGAACUACACAGGAGCCCUCAGGAGGCCAUCGUGGAUGGGACUGAAGUGGCGGUGUCUCCUCGCUCGCUGCACAGUGAGCUGAUGUGUCCCAUCUGUUUGGACAUGCUGAAGAACACGAUGACCACCAAAGAGUGUCUGCACCGCUUUUGUUCUGACUGUAUUGUCACUGCACUGCGAUCUGGGAACAAAGAGUGCCCAACCUGCAGGAAGAAACUGGUCUCCCGACGUUCACUGCGCAGAGAUUCAAACUUUGACGCGCUUAUUUCAAAGAUCUACCCGAGUCGUGACGAGUACGAGGCCCAUCAGCGCACCGUCCUGGAGAGGCUCAACAGGCUGCACAACAAGGAGGCGCUGAGUUCCAGCAUUGAGGAGGGGCUCCGCCAGCAGGCCCGCUACAGGUCCGAGAGGAAUCACCGUGUGAAGAAGCCUACCCAAGAGAGCGACAACACCACUUUCAGCGGUGGUGAGGACAACGGUGACUCCCGCUCACACCUGUCCCAUGACUCUGCCCCCUCGAACACGCCACACCCCAGGGGACAAACUCCCCCGGAGGCUGGACCGAGCCGCAAGCGGCAGCGUGCCUCAGACGACGGCUCGGGCCCCGAGGCGGACAGCGGGAGCCCAACUCCUCCCCUGAGGCGCCACAAGGAGGGGCCGGCCUCAGAGAUCGAGUUGGUGUUCAGACCACACCCCCAGCUGGUCCAUGGCAACGACUACAACCAGACCAGAUACGUGAAGACAACAGCCAACGCCACUGUGGACCAUCUGUCAAAGUACCUGGCGCUGCGCAUCGCUCUCGAGGAACGACGGACUGAUGGACCAACGGAGAACAGAGGAAAAGAGGAGGGAGGAGCAGAGGGAGAAGGUGAAACUGGAGCAGCGUCAAGGAGUGGAGAAGGGACAAGUCUGAGCAACAUCAGUGAGAAACAAUACACCAUCUACAUAACAACAAGGGGAGGGCAGUUUUCAACUCUCAACGGUUCUCUGACACUAGAAUUGGUCAACGAGAAAUACUGGAAGGUCCGAAAGCCGCUGGAGCUUUAUUACGCUCCCACCAAGGAGCAGCAGCAGCCUCAAGCAGCGCAGCAGCAUCAGCCGCAGCAGAAAUCCCCCCCACCACAGGAUGGAUGAGGUCAUAGCCCCGUUCUGUCAACUGCUACGAAAACACCCAUUGUGUUUGCAAUCUAGCAUUAAUUUUGGUUUAUUCUUUGAUUUCUUUUGCGUAUUUUUUACUUGAAACAUUUGACGGCCUAGAUGAAUUGGAAUUGAUCAUAAACAGAAAACAUGAUGCAAUCUGCAGCAUUAAAAGAAAAACAUUUAAUAAAAUUCACUUAAGUCAGCAGACUUUUCCUCCUUCAGGAUUCACCAUUUUCUCAUUCCUUAAUUUUUGAUAAAAUUUUUGUUGGCUAAUGUGUAUCUCCAAAAAUCUUUGUAUCAUGUACCAUUCUUUGUUUUGGUUAUUUUACAAUCAUAGGACUCUUUAAUUCCAGCGAUUUUAUGGUUCCUUGACUUGUUCUCAAUAUGUUGGUGCUUUAGAUUUACUGUCAUGAUGGGCAUUUGAUAAGGCAUAGGUCAUCCCAAAUAGUUUCAGAAAAUGAAUUGUGAUAAGUUAAUGUUUUUCCUCUCCUCUCCUCUUCUUUGUCUUGCAAUCCUGAUGAAGAGUAAUUUAUAUAAUGCUACUUUUAAUAGAUCAUAUGACUGAAGCUCCUACCAGCUCUUCAUACUUAUAAAACAGCUGUCAUGUCAUUACAUGUUGUACUAUUGUGGCAGUAAUGACUAAUUCACAGCUGUAACUUUUCAACAUUGAGUGAACAAACUUUUGCAGCAACAGCUCUGAAUAUUAACAUACAUUGGGAGUGGGGAAAUUGUACAUUUUGAAGCUUUUCUUUAAUAUAGAUAUGUAGAUUUAUCCAACUGUAUUUAGAAUGCUCAAGUCUUACUUUGUCCUGAAUAAUUUUGCUGUAAUAUAACUGGAAAUGGGCAGAAUGAUUUAUUGCCGUGUUUUACAGCCUCUUAUUUUAACAAUUUUUCAGAUAUUUCUGUAUUUUAACUCUUUUCACCCCUUUGAUUUGCUUUAGUUAAUACCACAGUAUGUUUCUACACUUGCUUAAAAGACAAAAAAGCCAUACAUGGGCCUUCUUUAUGAAGGCUGAACACGAGUUGAACAAUUUCAACUCUGCUUAUUGUUUCUUUGCACUUUAUAUUUCCUGCAGCCAUAGCUUACCUACUUUCAUGAUAUAAUGGGUAAAUUAAAUGCAAUAUUAUUCCUGUUACAAAAGUCACUCUUUCUGAACAAUUGAGAAUAAACUAUUUAAACCAA